AUGGAGGUUGACUACCCAACGGGGCAAACGCCACCAAAUCAAUCUGGCAGCAUCCCCCACUCCCCGCGCAGGGUCGAGAGAUAUAACAUCUACACGGAGACGACCUACGCCAGCAGUGAUGGCACCUCUCUGCCCAUGCCAGCACGCGAUUCGGCCCCCCUUGGGGAGCCGACGAAGCUCUACUGGAAACUGGAUCAGUCUCUCUCCAAAAGACUGUCAGUUGUUCUGAGGCACGACUCUGAAGACUUCGGCUUGACGUUCGACGAGGCAGGGUGGACCAAGGUGUCAGACCUUUUACGUACCUCCAUUAUGAAGGAGAAGGGGGCAACCCUCAACUACAUCCGCUCGGUGGUCUACUGGAACGACAAGCAACGCUUCGCGCUCGAAUGGCGAGGUGCCGAUCUCUACAUCAGGGCGGUUCAAGGUCACUCCAAGAAAGGAAUACGUGAUGAAGCGGUCAUGCGGCCCCUUGGGGAUGCCGAGUUGCCGGAGUACGUCCUCCAUGCAACCAACUGGGACUUCUACGGCUCGAUCUUGGCGAAGGGCAUCAUCACGGGAGGCCUCUCCCAGUCCCGGACACACAUUCAUUGCGUGUCAGUAGACAAAAGUGAAUAUCGGAAUUACCCCGCGCAUUGUGACAUCGCAAUCAUACUCUCCCCGAAAGAAUCGGGGGCCGUCUGGUUCCGUUCAAUGAACGGCUACUAUUUAACCCGGGGUGCCGAUGGCAAGCUGGCCCCGCAUUGUAUAAAGGCCGUCAGGAUCCUGGCAUCGGGAGAAGAAGUUUUUGGCUCAGAGGGGCCACCGGCUGCUGACCUCGUCAUGCAAGCCAUCGUUCGGACUAUGAUCGACGAGAUGUCCCAGGUUAUGCAGGCAGGCUUCUUUCGCUGCAAAGAGAUAGACUAA